UUAGUUACUGCUCAGGAUGGGCCUUCUACAAGAGCACUAUACAACAACAAUUCCCCUCUACAAAAUUAAAGGUUCUGUAAUGAUUUCUGGAUUUUGUAAUUUUACUACGUGACGAGAACAGAGAUACAUGAUUGGUUACACUAUGGAUACACCAGGAGGCACAGGUUAAGUUUAUAGAAACCGAAGGAGAUGGUUUACUUUGGGAAGCCGACGAUAGCAAAGGAGAUUAAUGUACGAGGCCCCUAUGUCCCACGAAAGAUGGUGGACUGCAACGAAGAAAUUAUGAAGUAGUACCAAAGUAGCUAGGCUACUAACUCUACCACGAAUGAAGAUCGAAAUGGUGAAAAGUUAGGCACUGAAGGCUAAUAAACGACGACUCAACAAUCCUGUACUCAGAUAGAAUGAAAAAAUCAAUCAAUAGACAGUUGAGUUAUAUUUUGUCAGUUAAACUGGAUGAACAACCAUAAAAAUUCCAACUUUAAAUGAAUAUUGAGGACGGCAGGCAAGAAGAGAUCCGCUUCCAAAAAAGGGUAGAAAAGUAAGUGGAAUGGUCAACACAAUUUAAUGAUUGUUUAACAUAUGCUUAUUCUCAAGGCUACUAUAAAGAAUUAUUUUGUAAAAGAAGGUGUAUGUUCGGUUUUACGGAUUAUACGCAGGGGCUACAGCCUAAGGACUGCAACACAGUACCUCUGUAUACAGUUCUGUUGGAUUGACUUAGGACCUGUUCGUUUGAAGGUCAGACGUCUGGACGCAAACGUGAACUAGCACGUCAACUAGUCUAUUGAUUUCACGAACCGAAGUCUCGUACCUGAGUCUCGUAUAUCUAGAAAUACAAACACACCUGUUCAGCGUUAAACGUGUGUACUCUCCGUGACGUCAUAGUGAACAGUUCUUGUGUUAUAUUAACUCAGGAAGUCAUUUUCAAACAGAUUAAUGAAGCUUUUCAUUACCUGACUAAUUUUUCCGUUCCACCGAUUACUUGCCAGUCCACUGGUUCGUGAUGGAACAAGAGUAGACAGGAUAGGCUUAGCUACAAACAGCAACAGUCUCAGCAGUAAGAUCGACAUACGCAUUCUUAAAAAAAGGCACACACAGACUAACUGGUAUACGUGUAUACGAUUAACAACUUUAGUAAACAGGCUUGCGCAUACAUUGAAUACACCGAGAAAAAGAGAUGGCAUCUAAAUUAGACGAUUACAUUACCGAUAGCAAGAAAGUUGAGGACAAUUCGCCAGCACCAGCCUCGGCGAUGUCUUUGCAGGUUGGAGAUCUACCAAACGAAGAUAAAGAGAAUAGUGAAAAUGUCAAAGCCGUUGAAGAAUGCAGACAGUUACUACAGAACCACAGGGUAGCUCUAGUGAGCAAUGUCUUACCAAAUGAGAUGCUUCGGCAUCUGCAACGUAACAUGGUCUUCGACAGUGACACUGCGCAGAGGAUUCGACGCGGCGGUAAAGGGAUUCCGGUGGAGGCUAACAACUUAAUUUUAAAUGAGUUGCUCACUAGGGGGCAGCGUGAGUUCGAUGUUUUCACUAGAGGGCUGAUUGUGAUGAACUUAAAUCUAUUAGCUGACUUACUUCAGAAAAAACACUUCUCAAAUAUUAUGCAUAUCAUUGAACCGGCGUCAAAGAUGUUAGGCCAUCACUGGAAGAGACUAGCACUCGAGUUGGGCGUGGCUAAUAGUAUACCAAAAGUUGAAGCUAAGUAUGUUAGAGUUCGGGAACAGGCGUUAUUUUGCCUGCUAUUAUGGGAAAAAACAGCGGGUGCAUCGGCGACUGGAAGGAGACUACUUGAGGCUUUAGAGGCAUGCGACAUGAAAAGGGCAGUAGCUUACGUGAGAAAGGUCGUGGAUCCGAAAGGUGGAAAGAAGAAAAAAGGAAAGAAAUCUGGAAAGAAGAAAGCGAAGAAAAAGUAGAUCACAGAUGCAAAUCAACUUAGAUUUGGUUUACAAACAGGAACAGAAGCGUAUCAUCGGAGGAAGGGAGUGAUGGGGGAAGGAGUGGAAGAAUGCAAUCGAAGUGGGGACGAUAACUGGGAUACGCUUAUUGGUGAAAUUGAUGUGAUAUAAGGUGGUAUUUAACUACUUGAGUAAGCAAAACUUUGGUGGUGUAAACAGAUACGGUAACAAAAAUGGUGCUCUUACUUAUGAUGACCAAUCUCCCUAACGUACAGGCUGGAGCCUCGACAACAUAACAUCUAGCCAUGAAUUUAUAAUAAGUACGCACGCACAAAAUCUGCUUUAGCGCAUUCAAAGAUUAUUAUAAUAAUGCGCCAUUUUAUAGGCCUAAUGUGGAUUAUUGAGAAGGGGAUUGUGGAUGAUGAGACCGUAUACAACAGCAGGUGGUAUGACGUCAUUGGGUAAUUAUCCAAGACUGCCCAAGAUUAUGAUGAUUUAUUGUUAUAUCGCGCGAUUGCUGGAAUCAAUAUAUAUAUAUUUUUAUUUUCCCUCGUUAAUUUUGGGGUAGUUCACUAUCAUUUCCGGCAAUCAGGUUGAAGUUCUAAUUUAUUUAUCCUUAAAGGGAUUUAUUUUUAUUGUAAAAUGGUUUUGUUAAUGAUGCAGUAAACGAUCUGUGACGUCAUGUACGCGUGCAUGUCAUUCGCACACAAAACGAGGGUAUAAAAUUAGAUACCUCCAUGCACUCACUAAUCGUUUAUGAAUUACACAUUCAAGUAAAGUUCAAGUAAGUUAAUGUGCUUUUUAUACUACGCUUUGUACGAAAAUAACAUUGCUAAUAAACUGAAAAAGUAUGA